CUAAGGAUUUUUUCUCUUGCUGGUUUAAUUAGUUUCUUUUUAUUGUCGAUUGGAGGGGGUUAAAAUAACCCCUGUCUUGACUGGGGCUAUCAGUCUCCUCUAUUCAGUUUUUUUUCUUUCUUUCUUUUUUUUUUUUUUUUUUUUUUUUUUUUUGACUUAAGUACAAGUGAGUUUAGCAGAAAAGAAAGAGCGAGAGGGGGGAAAGAGGGCAGAGUCACUUUUCAGUGAGCAGGAAAAGGUUUUAAGGGCAUUUGUAGAAACAACCUACAGCGCCUGGGCUGUGCUAUUCCUGUGCCCCCGGAGAAGUGGCCUUUCUUCUUUACGUGUGACUGCUGGAAGGAAAAAAAAAAAAAAAUCCAGAACCCAAUCCCAGCACAAUCGUUGUUCGUGUCCAAUUUAUAAUUUGCAACAGAUUGUGGCUUUUUAUUUCCCUUUAAAAUAACACAGCCCGCCGUGUCCAGCAGGAGGAACCGCGGGUAGGCUCCACGCCGCUGGCCAUGCUCGCCGCGACCUGCAACAAGAUCGGCAGUCCUAGCCCCUCGCCGUCCGCCCUCUCGGACAGCGCGUCUUCCUUCGGAAAAGGCUUCCACCCCUGGAAACGCUCCUCCUCCUCAUCCUCGGCGGGCAGCUGCAACGCCGUGGGCUCCGGCCUCCCUGGCUUCGGCGUGGCGGGCGCAGCGCGCAACGGCUCCUCGGCGGCAGCGGCGGCGGCAGCAGCGGCGGCGGCGGCGGCCGCUCUCGUCUCGGACUCGUUUAGCUGCGGCGGCUCGCCGGGCUCCAGCGCCUUCUCCCUCACCUCCAGCAGCGCGGCGGCUGCCAGUUCACCCUUCGCUAACGACUACUCCGUCUUCCAAGCCCCGGGCAGCGCCGGUGGCGGCGGUGGCGGAGGCGGCGGCGGAGGGGCGGCGGGGCAGGAGGCGACGACGCACCAGCCCGUCUUCAUCUCCAAGGUGCACACGUCGGUGGAGGGGCUGCAGGGCAUCUAUCCUCGGGUGGGCAUGGCGCACCCCUACGAGUCCUGGUUCAAGCCCUCGCACCCGGGGCUGGGAGCCGGCGAGGUGGGUUCGGCGGGCGCCUCCAGCUGGUGGGACGUGAGUGCCGGCUGGAUCGACGUGCAAAGCCCCAACGGGGCGGCCGCGCUGCCCGGCUCUCUGCACCCGGCGGCCGGCGGGCUCCAGACCUCGCUCCACUCGCCGCUUGGCGGCUACAACUCGGAUUACUCGGGCCUGGGCCACUCGGCCUUCAGCAGCGGCGCCUCCUCGCACCUCCUGAGCCCCGCCGGGCAGCACCUCAUGGACGGAUUUAAGCCGGUGCUGCCCGGCUCCUAUCCGGACUCGGCCCCGUCGCCGCUGGCCGGCGCCGGGGGCUCUAUGCUGGGCGGUGGCCCCACCGCACCACUGGCCGCUUCGCCGCGCUCCUCAGCUCGCCGCUACUCGGGCCGCGCCACCUGCGACUGCCCCAACUGCCAGGAGGCCGAGCGGCUGGGGCCGGCGGGGGCCAGCCUGCGGCGCAAGGGGCUGCACAGCUGCCACAUCCCCGGCUGCGGAAAGGUGUACGGCAAGACGUCGCACCUGAAGGCGCACCUGCGCUGGCACACGGGCGAGAGACCUUUCGUCUGCAACUGGCUCUUCUGCGGCAAGCGCUUCACCCGCUCCGACGAGCUGCAGCGGCACCUGCGGACCCACACGGGCGAGAAGCGCUUCGCCUGCCCCGUCUGCAACAAGCGCUUCAUGCGUAGCGACCACCUUAGCAAGCACGUCAAGACCCACAGCGGUCCCGGCGGCGCCGGCGGUCCCGGUGGCGGCGGCCCCGGCGGCGGCGGCCCCGGCGGCAAGAAGGGCAGCGACACCGACAGCGAGCACAGCGCGGCCGGCAGCCCGCCCUGCCACUCCCCGGAGCUGCUGCCGCCCCCCGAGCCCGGCCACCGCAACGGCCUGGAGUGACGGCCGGAGGUUCUGGGCCUCUGCGCCCCCCCGCCCCCGACCGCCGCCCCCACGGGCGCGCAGCCCUGCGGCGGGGACGCGGACACGUGAGUAGCCGGCGCGGUUCCGCAGGGACCGCGGGUAGCCCCGUCGGCCGUCCCGCUGCCCGCCCGGAGCCUCGCACGGGGAGAGCGGUACUGCCGGGCGGCGCAAGGCCAGCGACGGGGGCAGGGGAGCGACUCGGGAAGGGGCGGAGGGCCACGGCCCCCUGUGGGUCAACUCCCACCUCCCCUGCGCUUCGCCUUGAGGCCCCCCCCUCGGGUUGUCUUUAGAGUGGAAGAAAACACGUCCGCUGUCUCUUUCCAGCUGGAAACCGGCUCGCACCGCCUCCCGCCGCCGCUAGCGCCGGUACAGCAGCAGAGCUCCGGGAGCGGCGGGCGGGUGGGCCGGGGCCGCCCCGCGGCGGGGAGCUCCGACGGCAGCGCCCGCUAGCCGCGGUCGUUUUCCCAAUGGAGCUGGGACUCAGAACCGCCCUCCCCUCGUUAACUACUCAAAGCCCCCUUCUGCUCCCCAGGACCGGAGCGGCCGUGUGCUUCCCCUCCUCUCCCCACCCUGCGCCUUUUUUUUUUUUUUUUUUUAAUUUUAACUAAUCGUUAACUUCCAGAGUCCAAAUUUCAUUUCGUUUGCGAACGCAUUUGUAUAAUUCCCGUUUGAAUAGGAAUCGCGAAAUACGCUGAAAUAAUUAGGUCAAAAGUCGUAUUUUUUUUAUCUCCAAACAAAUGAAGAAGCACCGUGGGUUUCAAGCGAAGCUGUAGUUCCAAUGCCAAAAAGGGAGGCGGUUCGGGAUAAUAAAAUAAAAUAUUUGUAAAAUACGUCUGAAACUAUAGGUUUGUACAACCGGGAAUCGUUCUAGAUUAGCUAACAAUUAAAUAUAACUCCACCACUGUAUCGGUGUGAGGUGCAGUUGUCCAGGAGACGAUUUUGUAUAGUAUUUUUCUUGUAAAUUACUUCCAGUAAAUAUUUGAAAAUAUAUUGAAGUACACUUGAGCGCUUUUUUUUUUUUAUUAUUUGCCUUUUAUUUUAUUUUAUUUUAAUUAAAUUUCUUUUCCUGUCACUAGAAAGCGUUAAUGUUGCAGUCCUGGUUUACUACAUUCUUUUUCUGGACUCGUUCCUUGAAGAGUACAUCAAAUCGCACUUCACGAUAUAGCUUUUGCUUGAAUAUUAAUUUAGAUAGGCAUACAACUGUAAUUAAGCAAACAAUAGUUGAUAAAUGUUGAAUGACAUUUAAUUUAAUGGAGCAUGUACUUAUUUGCAUUUGCUGGCAGUUCAGGUAUAGUUACAGUGAGAGUUCUCCUAUAUUUCAUAAAGUGGGUUCGCCACGACCCAUGUAUUAAAUAAACUGUCCAAGUGAAGCUGAACUAGCGUUGGCCUAUGUGUAUUUCCUGAAAAUAAUAUUGAUAAAUGUUAAUAAACAUUCCUGACACUACAUUAGCAGUUUGCAACGCUGCAAACUAAUUGUCUCAUUGUAAUGUUGAAAUAAUUUGGAUAUUUCACAUUGAAAUGGAAAGCCCUUCGCUGGAACAUUUUAGAUUUGCAUUUUAAAUGCAUGAGAUGUAAUUGAUUUUUAUCUGUAAUAUUUUAAAUGGUAUUAAUAAACUCCAGAUAAAACAUUC